AUGACCGUGAAGCAGAAGCAGCAGCAGCAGCAUCGGGGACCGCCCGCUCCGCCAUUGCAGCUCUUUUGGUGCACCGGGGUAACGGGGGGUGUUUGGCUGGGUCUCUCCGGACCGGAGGAGCAGGAGGAGGCAGGAGGCAGGAGGGACAACGGGGACGGGAUGCACGUGUUGUCCGGCCGGGUCCACAUUGGCGGCUCGGCGGCUGAUGUGAUGGAUGUUGUUGGCGCUACUCCCUACCAAUAG